AUGGAAAUUAAUCUGUAAGUCAUAUCAAUAUAUCUUUUAAUAGAGUAGCAAUUAUUUUAAAUAGAAAAUUAAGAAAUGAAUAAUUUGGAUAAAAAUCAAUGAAGGUAAAGUUGGUUGUGGAAAACCACUUUUUUUAGAUCUUUAUUGCAUGAGAUUCCUGUAUAUAAUGGCCCUUUCAAAAUUGAUGGUCAAGAGGCAAAUAAAAAUAUUUUCUCAGUAGUAUAUGUUGAAUAAGAACCAUUUAUUUUUCCUGAAACUAUAAACACAAUAUUUUGUUCGGUAGAUCAUAUGAUAAAGUCUUAUAUCAAAAGUGUUUUAUGCAUCUUAUAGGAAAUAAAAAUAAGCAAAUGUCUUUUUUUAUAAAAAAUUGGUUCUCCUUAAAUGGUUUUACAUAAUAAUUAUAUAAUUAAAAAUUAAUAAAACAUUCAAAAAAAGCUUUCAAUUCCAUUUACUGACUGUAAUAAUAAGCAGACCUAUAUUUAUUGGAUGAUCUAUUAUCUUCUUUUGAUGCAAAUAUUGCUAAAAGGAUUUUUCAGAUGGCAUUCAAAGAAUUUAUUCUUGAAUAUUAAAUAGAGAGAAAUUCUGAAAAAGAAAGCAAUCGUUAUUUCAGUUACUCGUUAAAUCUAAUAUGCUAUCUAAUGUGAAAAAAGGGUAUUUUAAAUGACAGAGUGUUAAUAACUCAAGGCUAAUAUUAAAAUAUUAAAUCGAGUUUAUAUAUGAUCAAUGAAGGGUUAGUAUAAUAAUUAAAAAACAGUUAGUAAGCAAAAAAAAAUAGGUAGUGAAUUCGACAUUCUUUAAAAAAAAGAUAAUCUAAAAUUUAGUUGCCAAUAACUUAGUUGGAAAUGAAGCUGAUUAACAGUAGUUGAUAACUUUAAGAAUGUAUUUUAGAUAUUAUUAAUAUUGGAAUGUAAUAAUAAUUCUUUUUGUUCUUGAUCUGACUUUCGAAUAAAUUAUUAUAAAAGAAUUUUUUCAAUUUUUCAAGAAUAUCAAUAAGAAAAUGAUUUUGAUACUGCAAAUUAGACAUUAGGAAUGCUUACUUUAGGACUGUUUCUUUGAAAUUUAAUAAAAUAUUCUUUGA